AAAAAUAUGAGUAUUAAUAAUAAUAAUAAAAAGGUUUUAUUAUUUGGGUCAUUCACAGAAGAUGACAUCAGGUCAUGGCAAGAUGAAAAACCCGUGAAAAAGAAAGAAUUGAAGUUUGAUUCUUUGAAUUGUCCCACUGGAAUUACUUUUGGCAAUUUUAAUGGUGAAUUGAGCUCGCAACGAGGCUCUAUAGAUGGGAAAGUGAACUUUGGAAGUGCUAAUUCAGCUAAGAAAGAAAAAGAGAAGGAUGUUAAGCUCUUGAUGUUUUUAAAUUGUGCAAAAAAACCACUUAUUGAUUCUGAUGGAAUUGUACUAUACAUGAAAUUGGGUGACAGAGAUGAUUGUGCAGAACAUUUUGUUCUGUCAUUUUUGGUUUAG